AUGGGGUCCCCGGGCAAUAGGGGAUCAUGGGGCCUCUGUGUCCUUGCCCACGCUCAAAGCACACCCAAAGAAGCCUAUAAAAAGGUACCAGGGCAUUUCACGGGGCCCCCUACUGACCCUAGUUCUCAAAUGCCCUUCUCGCACAUGCGCAGUGGGCACCCAGCUGUGAAGCCACAAGCUGUCACAGCGGGGGGCGGACUAACAACUCAUGGGGCCCCCGGGCAAUAGGGGAUCAUGGGGCCCCUAUGUCCUUGCCCAAACUCAAAAAAGCCUAUGAAAAAGGUACCAGGGGCAUCUCAUGGGGCCCCCUACUGACCCCGGGCCCCGGUUUCCAAAUGGUCAGUCCGCCCCUG